GUUGCCAAUUUGGCCGAACCUCCAAGAAGCUCAUCGGUCGCCGUAGCCGCCGCCGCAGACCUAGGAGAGAGACACACCACGACCAUGACCGCCAUGGGCAUUACGAUGAACUUGAACAGCACCGCCAUGCUUCCCCUGAGGAUGCCGACACACGAAGAAAACGACCUGUUGUGCAGAAGCUUUGGGGACCUCCCAACUACCCCCCAUACAGACUCAAACGACCUGAUGAACAACGCCAGCGGCAGCUUCGUGACCAAGCUGUUUGCGAUGGUCGAAACUGAACCCGACUCGGUCGUGACGUGGAUCCGUGAAGGAACUGCGUUUUGCAUCGUCCAGCCCAAGGUGCUGGCCGAGACGUACCUCCCCAAGUACUUUCGCCACGGGCGAUUCUCAAGCUUGAUCCGUCAGCUCAACUUUUACAGCUUCUACAAGGUCACAGAGGGCAGUGCCAUCAUCUACCAGCACUCGCACUUUCGAAAGGGACGACCGGACUUGCUCGUCCACAUUAAACGACGGGGUGCUGGCAAGGCGAAGGACCCUUGGAUCGACCCUUUGAGCACCAAGCAACGCUUUGCCUCUGAACACGAUGCGCCAAUCUACGCUCCUCUCCACAUCAACCACGCCAACCAACCAUUGCCGAUUUCUACAGGCGAUCUUUGCUCGUCCCCAUCGAGCAAGCCCUUGUCGACUCAAACGAAACAAACUGCGAUGAUGCUCAAAACUGAAAACAUGUCUCCUGCUCUGAAACCUGGAACGUCGCCGAUGAUAAUGCCCCCUGUCGUCGACUUGAAUGGUGGACGAAAAGAGAUGUCUGCUAUGAUGAAACAGCCUCGCUCGGGCGGCACCCACAUCAUGGCAUCGUCGACGAUGUUCGGUGUCAAGGAGAACCCAUCGACAGGAUCGCUCAUUGCCGUCCGAUCGCUCGACCAACAAGACAUGUGCAUGCGACCCCCGCUCUGGCGCACAAGCAGCUCGUCUCACGAGAUGAAGGGUUCGGACCUGAUGGAGUUUGCCGCGUUCCCAAAGAAUGGGAAGGCCGACAUGACGUCGGACCAAAUGAAGGACGAGAUGAUUGACCACGCCAUCUUGGACAACUUGACGUUUGGCGAUAUGCUGGACCAACAUUCAACAUCGUGCCACAACUCGGCCCAAGUCGACCCGCGAACGCUUGUGCUCGCACGUAAUUGCUUGAAAGGGCCAGCCGCCAUGGUCCACUGCACGGACGACUCUGCUCCGUCGCAUCCCUCUUCGAGCAUGAUGCACAACAACUCUAUGCUGUUCGACCCGGCAGACGUCCACCAUGACGACGACGACACGUGGGAGAUGCCGCUGUCGCCGCUGAAUGACCCCGAGGACAUUCCGUGGCUGGAUUUGUCGUUUUAGCCACAAGUUGCAUUCAUAUUUAGGAAUCAGUCGUAAGAGUAGUAAUUUAAAUCGCAUCGCACGAGCCCAUCGCCGUUCCCGACCUGCGGCCAUCGUUCCGAUGCCAUUCGACGUACGCUCCAUGGCAGCCUCGAUCGAGAUGCACGCGAUGGGAGCUGGCUGCCUUUGCACUCUCACAUCUCGACUGACAAUGCCACACGAAACGAAUAUGCAUGCAGGUGUGGACGAGAAUGCCAACCUCACGCC